CACAAAUUAAGGGGAAAAGGAAUCUCUCUCUUCUCUCUGGUCUGGUCUGGUCUACUUUCUGCUAAAAAGGCCUCCUCGCCUUCACUGUUGUUCGUAUCUGGCCCUCCCUCAUCGAUUCCUCUUUUCUCUCUAUCUGUAAAUCUACAGUUGUCUUUUAUCUAAACAUAAUAGUGGAUUCCUAUUCUUAUUCCUAUUCUCCUUUCAGCUAAAUUCCAGUGACUUUUCAAGCUCUUCUUUCUACCUCCUUCUUAUAUUCACUCAAAACCCUUCUCCUUUUUCCACCUUUUUCUCUUUCUCUAUUCUUCUACAAGCAAGCACCAUCUUCUUGUUCUUCCUCCGCCAUUGAUACUUUGGCGGCGGAGUGAUGUCGGGUCUCUAUAACUCCAAUUUCUCUCCUGCAAGGGCUGCUUCUCCGCAGAUUAGAACUACCCCAGAUGUGGAAAAUAACCAGUAUUUGACUGAGCUUUUGGCUGAGCAUCAAAAGAUUGCACCUUUUAUGCAAGUUCUACCGAUUUGCAGCAGACUCUUGAAUCAAGAGAUUUUAGGAGUUUCAGGAAUGUUACCAAAUCAAGGUUUUGGUGAACUUGACAGAUUACGUCAUAGAAGCCCAAGUCCCAUGGCCUCUUCAAACAUCAUGUCAAGUGUUGGAAGGACCUCAAUAGGUGCCUGGAAUGGCGCAGGCCUUCCACAAGAGAGAGUGAGUGGAAUGACAAUGGACUGGCAAGGAGGGGCACCGGCAAGUCCUAGUUCAUACACUGUGAAGAGGAUUUUGCGUUUAGAAAUUCCUGUUGAUACUUUUCCAACUUUCAACUUUGUGGGGAGACUCUUGGGUCCUAGAGGCAAUUCCCUUAAAAGGGUGGAAGUUACAACAGGGUGUCGGGUUUACAUUAGAGGACGAGGCUCAAUCAAGGAUCCUGACAAGGAAGAGAAGUUGAGGGGAAGGCCCGGAUACGAGCAUCUUAACGAGCCUCUGCACAUCUUAAUAGAAGCAGAUUUACCUGCGAAUGUGAUUGAUAUCAGGCUAAGACAGGCACAAGAAAUUAUUGAAGAAUUGCUGAAACCUGUGGACGAAUCGGAGGAUUAUAUCAAAAGACAGCAAUUGCGCGAGCUAGCUUUGUUGAACUCCAAUUUCAGAGAAGACAGUCCUGGUCCGAGUGCUGGCAGUGUUUCCCCGUUUAAUACUAGUGGCAUGAAACGUCCCAAGACUGGUCGCUAACUCGGAAAUAUUAUCAUAAAAAACAAAAAAAAAGAACCAAAAAAAAGUGUUUACAUUACUCAAUAUGGUGAGCUUUUCUGGCUAUAAAUUUGGAACAAAAAAAGAAAAAGAAAAAAGAUAGUGAUUGUCUUUAUACAAAUUACAUAUAUAUAUAUAUUUUUUUUCAUUCUACUUUUGGCAGUUGAUCAUGUAAAACUGAUUCAUUGGAUUUAUUCUUGUGUAGUGUGUUUUUAUAUAUCAGAUUUCCUUUUGAAAU